AUGGCUGCGGAGGGGAUGGAUGGCGCUCAGGUGAUUGAUAGCCUGUUGACAGUCAUCCUGACGACCUCGCCGACACCAUCAGCACCAUCUACAGACCUCGUCGCGGCCGUGCUCGCAUCGUUCCGCGCACACUGCCCGGCGCUGCUUGCGUGCCCCGUGAUUGUCGUUUUCGACACGUACGACCACAUUGGACCACAGCUGCGCCUGAAAAAGGGAUGUGUCACGCCCGUCGAGGCAGCCAACUACGAUGCCUACAAGGCGAAUGUCAAGCAGCUGGUCGGGCGGACGUGGGGCGGCAUUGACGAUGGUGGCCAGGACGCCGCGGACACGGCUAUCGAGACCGGCCUGGCCGAGUACGGCUCGCCCAUGAUCGCCGACAAUGCCGUGCCAUUCACAAUCAUGCGCACGGCGGGCGGGCGCAUCGCGUUCGUGGAGCCAACGCAGCGUCUCGGCUUUGGCCUGGCUGUGCGCACGGCCGUCCGCGCGGCCACGACGCCCUACGUCUGGGUGCAGCAGCACGACUGGACGCUGGCGGCCGACAUUCCCGUGGCGGCGAUGCUGGAUGCCAUGCAGACGGCCGAGAAUGCUAUUCGGACGGCCGAGAAUGCCGUUGGCGACGGUGGGGGCGGGCUGGCGGAAAGCGCGGGCGAAGACCCGACACCGACCAAGGAGCUGUUUGAGACGAGCGAGGACGAUCGUACGCCGGGCACGCCGGGCACACCGGGCACGCCGAGCACGCCGGGGUCACCCGCCCACUCUGUCCCAGAAGAGCACACAUCGGCUCUUGAUCCGUCGCGCCCCGUCGCCAUCCGCUACAUUUGUCUUCCCUCUGUACGGAUGCUACGGUAUGCCACGUCCGCUCACGCGGUGGGCUUCCCGACGCUGCGUUCGCUGACGGCCGCAUUUAAGCGGGACGUGCCGGUGUCGUCGUCUGUCCUCGCCUCCGGCUCGAGAGCGUCGAGGUCAGGCGACAACGCCGGACACAGCCAGAAUCUUCCCCUCACCCCCCUCUUCUUCUGGCACGACAAAACCCACAUCGCCGCCCGCGACCACUACCUCCGCCGCGUCUUCGCCUCCCGCCUCGCCCUCGGCCGCGGCGACUUUAUCGAAGACCACAUUGGCCAGCGCGCGCGGGCCCAGAUGAAACGGGACCCGGCCGCGUGGCAUCGCUGGGCGUGCUGGCUCUACUACCCCGACAACGGCAACCGGCUGUGUUUGCGCCAUCUGCAGGGCCGCACGUGGCGGGGCGAGCAGCAAGAACAGGCCAUCCGGGACGCGUACGUGCUGCGGAACCGGUCAGCAGCGUCGGCAGCUGCAGCAGCAGCCAUGGCAGCGGCGGAGACGAAAGCGAAGCAACAGUACGGAACGACGGAUGACGUGACAAGAGGGGCUGAUCACGGCUGGCAUGCCAUGCCGUUCGGAUCAGACGAGGAAGCCAGCUGA